AUGGCUUCCCAGACCCCUCGAGACUAUGAUGAGCCAACCAGUACGGCUAAGGGGUCCUCUGCCUCACAUACUACUACUUCAUCAACGUCAGCACCCAGCGCUAUUCACUCUGUCGACGUAGGAGAAGAUGGCUUUACAUUUGAUCCUGAUACAUUGGCCGUCUCCCCUGGCGGCAAGGUUGAGUUCCACUUCUAUCCCGGAAACCACUCCGUAGUUCAAGCUGCUUUCUCUCGCCCGUGUCACCCCCUGAGCGAGUCGAAUUUUUUCAGUGGUUUCAUACCAGCGACGGAUGGCGAGUCGCCAGAGGUGUUCACGCUGACCGUCAAUGAUACCAAGCCCAUCUGGUACUACUGUGGCCAGGUUGGUCAUUACCAGGAUGGUAUGGUCGGGGUCAUCAAUCCACCAGGCAAUGGCCCAGAUACGCUAGAUGCAUUUAAGUCAGCAGCCUCAGAAGCCAGCGACAUCACGGUGCCGACUACUGUCAGUGGUGGUAUUUUCGGAAAGCCAAGCAAUGAGUCAACAACAGGCACUGCCAUCGCGUCUUCAAGCUCUGGGUCUACAAGCGCUAGUAUGUCAGCAGGUACUGGGUCUACAACCAGCCCCAGCCCCAGCCCAACGGCUGAGAGUUCGACUCUCCGCGCUUGGCGAAGUCUGAGUCUGGCCCUCUUUCUGUCCCUUCUGGUAGGUGUACGUAUGAUGUAA